ACCCCCCGGGAUGGGCCGGCGGCCGCUCCGGGGCCCCGCGCCCGCCCAUCCGGGACCCCCGCGGGGGCUGGAGCCGGCGGAGAGCGGGCGGCGGCCCUGACGGCGGCGGUCCUCCCGCAGGUCGAGCGUAGGGGGCCCCUGCAGGGCGGGCAUGGAGGAGAAUGCGGUGGAGAGCAGCAGCGACGCGGCCCCGCAGGAGGCGCAGGAGGAGCCCACCGAGAGCGGGCUGGGCGUCGGGAGCUCGGACGCCGUGUCGGCGGACAGCACCGACGCCGCCGCGGGGCCCGGGUGCCUCUCCCGCGCCGAUGACUCCGCCGUGGGACAGAGCUCUGACAGCAGCGGGGUCUCCUUGGAAGAGGUCUCGGAGAGUAGCUCCAGCACAGAUGUCGUUCCCCGGGUUUACCUGCCAGACUCAUCCUCCAUCGCCCAAUCCACCUUGGUCUCCAGUGUCUCCACUGUGAGCCAGUCCAUCAUGGUGUCAGAGUCCCCACAAGUCCUGGUCCACUCCAGUGUGGUCACUGAUGGAGCCACAGUCGUGUCAGACUCCACUGCAUCCACUUCCUCAGACCUGGGCUCUGCCAUUGACAAAAUCAUUGAGUCCACGAUCGGGCCGGACAUCAUCCAGAGCUGCAUCGCCGUGACCAGUGCGGAGGAUGGAGGGGCAGAGACCACCCAGUACCUCAUUCUGCAAGGCCCUGAUGAUGGUGCUCCCAUGGUGUCCCAGGUGGCUACAUCUGCUCUGGCCAAUAGUUUGGUGAUAGAAGCUGUUGCUGAUGGACCUACCUCCACGUGCCUUGAGCAGCCCGGCCCUUCAGGCCCAUCCAAAAGGUUGGAAGUGGUGGAGGUGCCCAUAAAGCCAGAGCAGGAUCAAGAGACGGACGGUGGGGAGGAGCUGAACCAGCCAGACAUGGAGACCCUGGAGGAGAUGAUGGAGGUGGUGGUGGUGCAGCAGUUCAAGUGCAAGAUGUGUCAGUACAAGAGCGUCUCCAAGAAAACGCUGAUUAACCACAUGAAAGAACGUCACUUCCAGCCAGUGGGUUCAGCUCUGGCUUUGAAAAAAGGGCGACCACGAAAAGGGGGAGUUGCUCCAAAGACGGAGGAGGAGGAGGCCCCAGAAGAAGAAGAUGAUGAUAUCAUGGAUGCUGGUGCUAUUGAUGACCCUGAAGAGGACAGUGACUACAACCCAGCUGAGGAUGAGCCGCGGGGGCGACAGCCCAAGUAUGGCCGCACUGUCCCCACGUCCAGCGAGGAGAGGCCGCGCCGACGCCCGGGGAGACCCCGCAAGCUCCCUCGCCUGGAGAACAUACCUCAGGAUGUGCCAGAAGGAGGGGAGGUGGAGCCCCUGGUGACGUCCCAAGGCACACCGAGCCGUGAGCUGCAGAAGUCGGAGGCAUCCAGUUCCUCUGGCCUGGAGAAUGGGACCGGUGAGAGCCCGGCGGAGCCAAGCAUCAGCCAGUCCGACUCUGAGAACAAGGACCCUUCCUCCAACGCGGGUGCUGAGGAAGCAGACGCUGUCCCUCGGCGGCGCGGGCGGCCCUCCCGCCGCUUCCUGGGCAAGAAAUACCGCAAGUACAUGGGGCGCAGGUACUACUACAAGUCCCCCAAGCCCCUGAUGCGGCCGUACCUGUGCCGGAUCUGCGGCUCACGGUUCCUCACACACGACGAUCUGCGCUUCCACGUCAACUCGCACGAGGCCAACGACCCACAGCUCUUCAAGUGUCUGCAGUGCAGCUACCGCUCCCGGCGCUGGUCCUCCCUCAAGGAGCACAUGUUCAACCAUGUGGGCAGCAAGCCCUACAAGUGUGAGGAGUGCAAUUACACCAGCGUGUACAAGAAGGAUGUCAUCCGGCACUCCACGGUGCACAACCGGGACAGGAAGAAGAGAGCUGAUCCGCCACCAAAGCUGAACUCCUUCCCGUGCCCCGUCUGCAACCGUGUCUACCCCAUGCAGAAGAGGCUUACGCAGCACAUGAAGACACACAGCACAGAGAAGCCUCACAUGUGUGACAAGUGUGGGAAGUCCUUUAAGAAGCGCUACACCUUCAAGAUGCACCUGCUGACACACAUCCAGGCCAUCGCCAACCGCAGGUUCAAGUGUGAGUUCUGUGACUAUGUCUGCGAGGACAAGAAGGUCCUUCUGAACCACCAGCUGUCACACAUGAAUGACAAGCCCUACAAGUGCAGCAUCUGCAAGUAUUCCACCUUCCGGGAGGACUUCCUGGUCUCACACAUGGCGGUCAAGCACACAGGAGGGAAGCCAUUCGCUUGCGAGUUCUGUCACUUCACCACCAAGCACAAGAAGAACCUGCGCCUGCACGUGCAGUGCCGCCACGCCGACUCCUUCGAGGAGUGGGCACAGCGGCACCCCGAGGAGCCGCCCUGCCGCCGCCGCCCCUUCUUCACCCUGCAACAGAUCGAGGAGCUCAAGCAGCAGCACAGCCAGGUGCAGGCACCAGCUGAGCCGGAGGCCAGCCCACAGGCACCUCUUGGCCCCCUCACCUGCCACACGGUCCAGGCUGUCACAGGAGCAGAACCCCCUGUCCUCUCACAGAGUUCCCUGGAAGGGGCCACCAUCAUCUACGAACAAGAUGUGGCUGGAUCAGCAGAGCUGGCCACACAGGCAGCCCUGGAUCUGCUGCUGAACAUGAGCGCCCAGCGAGAGCUGGCCACAGGCUCACUGCAGGUGGCAGUGGUGAAGCCAGAUGACCCAGGAGAGACACCAGGCCCCUGUGAGCCACAGGCACAGGAGGAGGAGGUGAAGGUGGACUCAGAGGAGCAGCAGCAGCAGAAAUUGGUGAUGCUGCACAUGGCAGAGCCUGGGCAGGCACUGGUGCAGGAGGCUUACAGGGAGGCAAGCCUAGGUGGCUCGGAGCUGCAGCAGAUCACCAUCCCCUUUGGUGGGACAGCAGAGUACAGCAUCAUUGCACCCAUCAGUGAGGAGAUCCAGACCCCUGGCACGCUGUACAGUGAGGAGGAGAGCCCUGUGGAGACCUCCCACGCAGUCGUGGUGAGCGGGGCUGUGAUGACGGAGGAGGCUCUGAAGGACCAUAACAAUCAUUACAUCAUGUCAUCCAGUGUCCCAGGGAGCCAGUUCCAGACUGUGGAGCCCCUCAGCGGGGAUGCUGCAGUUCCCUCGCCUGUGGAGGGCCAGGAGGCUCAGCCCGCCGACGUCAAGUGGCCCCUGGUGCAGUGUGUCACCAGGCAGCUCCAGAAGGACUCGUCUUUAUCCCCAGCCUCCGAGGGGCAGGAAGUCUCAUCCCCAAAGGUCAAGUGGCCUGUACUCCAAGGCAUGGCCAAGAAGCUCUCGUGCAAAGUUUCCACAGCCAAGAAGCUCUCAUGCAAGAUUUCCACAGCCAAAAAGUUUUCAUGCAAGAUUUGCACAGCCAUGUUCACAGGGAGAGCAGAGAUGGAGAGUCACAAGAGAGCCCAUAUUGGGCCCAGCACCUUCAAGUGUCCCGACUGUAACUUCACUGCCACGCUCUGGCCAGAGGUCCAGAGCCACAUGGUCCAGCACGCCAGUCUCCGGCCACACAAGUGCCCCCACUGCAGCUUUGCCUCCAAGAACAAGAAGGACCUGCGCAGGCACAUGCUGACCCACACCAACGAGAAGCCCUUCGCGUGCCACGUCUGUGGGCAGAGGUUCAACCGUAAUGGGCACCUCAAGUUCCACACGCAGCGUUUGCACAGCUCUGAGGGGAAGAGGCCAGGGCCUGCUGCUGCCCAGCAGACCAUCAUCCUGAACAGUGAUGAGGACACCCUGGCCACCCUGCACACAGCUCUGCAGGCCGGCCAGGCCGUGCUGGCUCCUGAGAGGCUGCAGCAGGCCCUGGGGCAGGAGCACAUCCUUGUCACACAGGAGCAGAGCGUCACCAGCCAGGUGAGUCGGACCCCUCGGCCUCAACCUCCCUCUCAGGGGACUGCAGCCAGGCCCAGCCCCCCUGACCACAUGGGGCACUUACUGACCUUGCAGGAGGAGGCAGCCUACAUCCAGGAGAUCACGACUGCAGACGGGCAGACAGUACAGCACUUAGUGACCGCUGACAACCAGGUUCAAUACAUUAUUGCCCAGGAAGGCGUCCCACACUUGCUUCCCCAGGAGUAUGUUGUUGUCCCAGAGGGACAUCACAUCCAGGUACAGGAUGGUCAGAUCACCCACAUCCAGUAUGAGCAGGGCAGCCAGUUCCUCCCGGAGUCGCAGAUCCAGUACAUGCCCGUGUCACCUGAGCAGCAGCUCGUCACCCAGGCACAGCUGGAAGCAGCGGCACACUCGGCUGUCUCAGCAGUGGCAGAUGCAGCGAUGGCCCAGGCCCAGGGCGUCUUCAGCGCUGAGGCGGCGGCCGAGCAGAUCCAUCAACUGCAGCCGGGCAUCCACUACGACGUGAUCACGCUGGCAGAGUAGCACCGGGCAGGACUGAGCACCAGGCAGGGCUGAGCACCGCGCUGGGCAGGCGGCCACGCCGGCAGCAGCCCCAGCCAGCAGUUGCCUUAUUGCGUCAGGGACGCGCCCGAGCCGGAGCGGCACAGACAUGGACACGCUGCCGCUCGGCCCCGUGCCAGUGGGGUCCUGUGCAUCCCCCCAGAGACUGCUCAGCAGCUGCAGGGGCAGCCCGUGUGUGGACGGUCUCUUUGCCUGUUGCACUUGAUGGUCUGAAACCCCUUCUCCUGAAUUGUCUGUGUGUGCAGCCACAGAUCGGUGUCUGCCCGGCACACGAGGGUCCUGGGGGAGCCGUGGGGCCAAGCACAGCUGUGUGGUGUGAUGUGAGAGGCGAGGUGUGUGCAGCCACAGCACCGUGCUCCCCACAGCCAUGGGGCCUGUGGUCCCACUGUGCCAGCAGCUGACCCUCCCGUGGCAUCUCCAGCCUGCAGGCAGGCAGCAACAGGGCUCUGGACUGGAGAAACCUAAGGAGGAGGAGGAGGCAGAGGUGGAAGAUGCUCUAUUUUUCUUCUGAAGAGGGGAUGGACUCUGGUGUUGGUCAUCGGUGGUUGUGGGAGGGGUUCAGCUGUGACAUUCUCAAGCUUUGACUACGCUUAUGAAUAAAAAGGGAUGGAGACCUG